AUGAAAAACAUAGAUUCCAUCAAAGGUUGCAGAAUAGAUGAGAACCACUUCGACUUAGAAAAGUAUAGCACAUUUUAUUGCAAACAAGAUGUAAGAAUUUUAAGAGAAGGUUUUGUUAAGUUCCGCAAUGACAUAUUGAAAGAAUUUGAUUUAAACGUUUAUGACUACGUUAGUAUUUGUUCUAUUGCUAACAAAUUAUUUGAGAACAGAGUGUACUUCCCGAAUGGAAAUUUAUAUGACCUCUCAAAUAAACCAAGAGAAUUUAUUUCACGCUGUAUUCAAGGUGGAAGAUGUAUGCUGUCAGAUAACAUUAAACAAAAGAGCGAAAAGAAACUCAUUGCUGACUUCGACGCUGUUUCAUUAUAUCCAUCCGCUAUAGCAAGACUUUAUACUUUAGAAGGUAUUCCAAAGGUUAUGAAGAAAGAAAUGUUAAGCACAGAGUAUCUCAUGAGACAUUUAUUCGAUGACGACCAAAAGGAACCCAUUGGUGAAAAGUUUAUGUCUGGCUUCUUUGUUCUCAUUAAGAUAACAGAGAUUGGAAUACAUAGACACUUUCCUUUAA